GAAGGCACCGCUAGAUAAACGCCAGGAAUAUUGUUUGCGGGCUGAAAUAUCCGGCUAAAGCUUAAGGAAAUAAGCGGACUGCUCCUCAUGAAUGGAUUUAUUGAUCUACGUUUACCGUCAUGCAUGCAGCCGGGCUUCUCAUCUGCGUUUUGUACAUCCCCAGCCCUUGAGACAAUGUGCUAUCAGUAGUUGGUGGUUCUUCCUCCCUCUAGCUUCCAUUUCUCCCCUCUGCCCCCUUCAGUCCCAGAAUUCCCUAUGUUAACCCUGUUGAGCAUGUUUUACUAUAUAUGUCUGCGGCGGCGCUCCAGGAGUGGGACUCGAGGCGAGGCUCUGACCAGUCGGCGGGCUGUGGAAUCCGGCCAGCGAGCGGUGCUGCCGGUCAGUGUGGAGGUGGAGCAGUAUGCCAAGGAGGUUUUGGACUUCAGCUCUCACUAUGGCAGUGAAAACAGCAUGUCCUACACCAUGUGGAACCUGGCAGGGGUACCGAAUGUUUACCCCAGCUCAGGGGACUUCACCCAGACGGCUGUGUUCAGAGCUUACGGGACAUGGUGGGAACAGUGUGCCAGCGCUCCACUGCCUUUUCGUCGCACACCUAACAGCUUCCACAGCCAGGAUUAUAUUGAGCUGGGCUUUGAGGAGCCUGUCUACCCUACAGCAGUAGAAGUUUUUGAGACCUAUUAUCCUGGAGCCAUCGUGCAGAUCCUGGCCUGCUCUCAAAACCCUUUUUCUCAGAACCCACCCGUUGAUGUCAGGUGGGAAGUGUUGUGGUCCGGGGAGCCCACCAAGGCGCUUACUCCCCAAGCACGCCAGUUUUCCCCAAAAAUCAAGCAUAUAAACUUCCCCACCAAUUUGCUGCGCCUUGAGGUCAACAGCUCCCUCCUGGACUACUACACAGAGCUGGACGCUGUCAUCCUGCGCGGGGUAAAGGAGAUGCCCAUGCUAGCUCUCUAUAAGAUGCCCCUCAUUGACAUCAAUGAUCUGAGUGACAGUGAGGAGGAGCUCUCUGACCUGGGAGGGCCUUUCAGGCUAGGAGGAGACAGCAAGCACCAGAGGACGGGCAACGGCUACUUUGACAAAUUGCCGUAUGAGCUCAUCCAGCUGAUACUGAGCCACCUGACCCUGCCAGACCUCUGCCGUCUGGCCCAGAGCUGCAAGCUGCUGUACCAGCACUGUUGCGACCCACUGCAGUACACCCAGCUGAGUCUGCAACCCUACUGGGCCCGGCUGAAUGACGCCUCUCUGGGACACCUGCAGAGCCGCUGCACUCUCCUCCAGAGGCUCAACCUGUCCUGGACCGGCAACCGUGGAGCUCUCACCCUGACGGGCUUCAGCAGUUUUAUGAAGGCCUGUGGUCACAGCCUGGUCUGCCUGGAAAUGUCGUGCUGCCACUUCCUGAAUGAAGCCUGUCUGGAGGUCAUCUCUCAGACUUGUCCAACUCUGCAGGAGCUCAAUCUGUCCUCCUGUGACCGCCUUCACCCACACGCCUUCACGCACAUCUCCAAGCUCACACAACUGCGCAGGCUGGUUCUCUACCGGACCAAGAUAGAGCAAACAUCCAUCCUGAGCAUCCUCACCUUCUGCACAGAGCUGAGACAUCUCAACCUGGGGAGCUGUGUGAGGAUUGAAGACUAUGAUGUCGUGGCCAGUAUGCUGGCUGCUCGCUGUCGAUCGCUGUGCUCUCUGGACUUGUGGCGCUGCAAAAACCUGACCGAUCGAGGCCUGGCUGAGCUCGUCUCAGGCUGCAGGAUGUUGGAGGAGCUGGACUUGGGUUGGUGUCCCACACUGCAGAGCAGCACUGGUUGCUUCCAGAAGCUCGCCCGGAGCCUGCCACGACUGCGAAAGCUCUUCCUCACCGCCAACCGCACUGUCUGUGACUCGGACAUAGAAGAACUGGCUUCCUGUUGCCCGUCGCUGCAACAUCUCGAUAUACUCGGUACGCGGUUGGUGAGCGCCGCCUCACUGAAGAAACUCCUCCAGUCGUGUCCUCAGCUUCUCCUCCUGGACGUUUCCUUCUGUUCCCAGAUUGACAUGCGGGUUGUCCAAGAACUCUCCGGCCUCUUCCCCAAUGUGGCUAUCAAGAAAAGUUUCACUCAAUGACCCUGGCGUCGUCUCAUUUCUCGCUGCCAAGAGGUGGCAAGUGGAGGGAAAUGCUUGCCAGCAGAUGCUGCUCCAGAACGAGGCAGAUGCUGGAAGAGAUUACCUGCCUUUGUCAGCAUCGCAGGAAAGAUCUGCUCUUCGCAGCCAGUAAGUCGGUCAGUAAAUAAUGCACUGGCGCCGUGUGAGGAGGCUCUGGGGAUUUUUAAAGACAGAAAACAAACAACUAAAGAUUUCUGUUCUCCACCGAGUAAAAUUUGAAAGAAAAAAAAAUCCUAGGUUUUGUUUUGGACACUAGAAAUCAGGGUGUUGCAUUAAAACUUUCACAGCUUUCCAGAUUCUGAAUUACAUGACACAAAGAAGAAAAUAUGCCUUGGUAUGAAACUGAAAGGGACAUAAGUAUUGAUGAGUGAUUCUGUUAGAAGAACAAAAAGAGACACGGGGAGUGUAAAACUUAACUUUUUAGGACUGUCAGACAUUAAAUUUAAGGUCAGUGCCUUGCCAGAAGGUAAAACAUUUAGUCUGUUUUAAUAUCCAUACUGAUAUAAAAAAGGUACCGCUCUGAUGACCUAAGAUGUUUUUCAGAUUUGUGAUCUGAUCCUCCAAAUGUGUUUAAACACUUAAUUCUUUCCAUUCAUAAACAUUUUUAGGCCACCAGUUUGAGCUUUUGUGGAUCAUUUUCUGCUGGGAAAUAACGUCUGAUUUAGAAAAGACCCCUGGCAAAAAUGACAGAAUUGCUAUGUGGUGAUGUUCUUGCAGAUUUCUUUUUUAAAAAAAAAAUACAUCAAUCUUAAAUAUUUAAGAAAAUUGUUAUGUUUAUUUUCCAAUAAAGUAGAGGAAAUAAUGAUGGAAUUACUCAUUCAUGUAGAAAAAGAUGUAAAAAUAUAGAAUAGUGAACAAAAACCGUCACAGUUGUUAUUUUGUUGCACCUCCUCCGGCUUUCAUAGCUUGAUUUCAUUGAACAUGGGUUUCACUAAUGAAAGAAAUUGUCCUUCAUGGUUUCAACUUUUUGGUGUUUGAGUUUACAGAUGAACUUUGCAGGAUGGGGUCAGUUUCCACCAGGAUUCACCGCUCCGUCAGACUGAGAUCUGGACUGGAUCUGGACUUUUUGCUGGCCCGGUCACUGAAAUGAAGAAGAGGUUUUGAAAUGCUUUUCCCUUUGGCAAGAUGUGUUAUUAUCCUAAGAAUUAAUCAAUUUCACCAAAUCAACUUUUUCAGUUUAAGGAAUGAGAAAAGUGUCCAAACUUUAAUGGACAGCUGUAUGUUUGCUGUAGAAGUAAUGACUGCCACCUCUUGGCCCUUUACCUAACGUCAGCCCCAUAUCAUCAAUGACUGUGGAUUUUUUUUUUCUAAUUCAAGCAUAAAAGCUCUGGUCUUAUCUCCUUGUUCAAUACACAUUUUUGAUGCCAUUUCUCCCAUUUACAGAUGGUUUUAAUUUGCUUUCUUGUUACAAACAUUGUUGUCCUGAUGCUGUGACGUCUUCCUUUGUGUUUCCUUUUACAACCUUCCCAUUUUCUUUUUACAUGCCUCCUGUUUUAGUCACAGCUGACGGGGAACAACCAACAACUUUGCCACACUGAAAGCUAAAUGACCUUUUUGAAGGAAUUUUCUAACCCUUUCUGUUGUUUCCACACAAUGGAACGACUCCUAAAGCUCUGCAAGGACUCUUUUAAAUGCUGGCUCAUUUGUAUAGUUAGACUUGUGCAGGUUUUUUUUUUUUCUUUUAAAGCUAAAUACAUCAUGGUUCUGUUUAUAUUUCUUUAAAAAAAAAAAGCCAGAAUUAUCAGCUAUUAAAUUAUUUUAUGGCAUAUGUGUUUAAUUAUUUAACUAAAUGAAAAAGCUGAAUGAACCUUCUCCAGGUGUGGUAAUUCCAUCAUUUUUGCCAGUGGAUUUUUGUUCUUUUUGCACAACUUGCCACUACUUCCUGAGAUUUUAAUGACACAUAUGUGACAUGUUUAGGUUAAAAUAGCACAGAGAGAGAACCACUGCGCUAUGUCAACUCCAUGUUUACAGCUUUGGUCAGAGUGAUCCACAGCUUUCCAACCUGCUUGUACACAUUUGUGAUCGGCUUUGCGCUAUGAUGCAAACGUAAAUUUGGAUAUAAAUUGCACUGAAUAUCCCCUGAAUGAGCGCACACUCACACUUACACACACAACAAACUUGUAGUAAAAAUACUUGACUCGGUUUUAUCCUUAUAUACUUAGUUGUCCCUCUUGUGCAAUAUGGCCACAGACUGCUCUUUUAGACACACUCUUGUCAUGAAUCAUGCAUUAAAUUGGCCCCAGGUGGGUAAAACACAGUAAUACAGGAACACUGAACCUUAAUCCCACUGAGAAUCUCUGGGAGGUGCAGGAGAGGAAUUAACACAGCAGUCUGAUCUGAUCUAUCGAGUGAGUAGAUGAAGGACAAGUGUGGAAGAAUAAAACCUCACCUGCUGCUGCUGUUGCACAGGUUGUUUGCAUCUCCUACACAUCUGCAGAGAUGCCAGAAAGAUUUGAUUGUUUUGGUCGCUUUAAAGUCCAGGACCACCCAGACUGCAGUCGUGUUUGAGCUGAGUUCAGCUACUUUUGGCACUUAUGGCUCAGUUACGACACUGGCAAGUGUUGUGUGGACCAGAUGUCAGGUGCCAGUCUGGCUUGAGUUAUGGCAGUGGUUUCCAAACUUUUUCUGCAGGGCUCCCUUUUCAUUGACAAAAAUAACGUCAAUGCACCCCCCCCCCCCCCCCGCCAUCACAUGCACCCCAAUGCUUACAAAGAUAUUUACAAAUAUAUGUGCCACAAAAUAGUCUUUAGUUUAUUGGCUGCUACUUUAUUAUAGUGAAAACCUUGUCAGCGGCAGUCAGGGACGCAUCGAGUCCUCUGCUACAGUGUGAGGCGUGUAAACCAGGAAACUCUGUAAACUACUUCAAGUGAGUUUAACUUUCAAUGAAACAGAUGCUGCUUUAGUAAAAUAAAUCUGCAAUUUAUGAGUUGAGUAGUUUAUUUCUAAAGUAAUCAACAGGAUUUUUUCUGUUCAGGAUGAGAAGUCCCAAAGUGGUGGUGUAACGUUUUUUUAGCUUCAUAUUGUCAAAUGCUGAUAUUUUGAGACAUGCAACACACUGUGGUCUGUCUUCAUUACCCACCAUUGACCAUUAACAUUACUUAACCAUUACUGGUCAAGCUUAGGGCAAGAUAUACCUCAUCAUAUUUAUUUCUUUCAUUAUUAUUAUGACUAUUAAUAUUAUUAUCUUUUUUUUUCUUUGGUAGUUUAAAUGUCUGUUGUAAAUUCAUCAUCAUUUGGCAUUUGGUACUUUAACAAAUGUGUCCAUGUUUUGCCAACAGUACAGAGAAAAUAAGUUUUCUUUGCCCCCCCCCCAAUCCGUUAAUAAGACAAUAAAAAAAAAAAAAGAAUAUUGCACAGUCUAAAAGCCAAACCUGCCAUUAAAUGGUUGUUUCUCUUCCAUCAUCGUCAACAAGAUCAUUUAAGUCAAACUAAUUUCAGAUUUUAAACCCGUAACUAUACAGAGCAUUUUGCAGAUGUUGCAGCUGUCAUUGUGUCACCACAUUUCUAAUGUGGUAGAUUGUGGCGGCAGGUUGAUUUAAAGGUGGUGUUGUUUGAACAUACUAUGAAAAAUGUGUUGAACUCAACUUUCUGGUGGGUUGUUAUAGAGAAAACUCAUCAGACCUGACUCACCUGCUCCAGAUCUGAUUCUGCUUAAAUCAAGUUUCAUGAAAGAAAAUUUAAGUUAGUGAGAGACUUCACUGACCACAGUAAAAUCAGACAGGCCAGCAUUCUGUGGGCCACCGUGGGCCCUUGAGAAAGGCCCUUAUUGUUAUUAUUAUUAUUAUUAGUAGUAGUAGUAGUAUUCAUGAUGCAAGGCCCUCCUAAUCAUGUGUGUUUGCUCAGGUCAUUAAUUUAGUUGAUUUGGCUGUUUUGUUUGAAGGUGGGAAAGUUAUGUGUUCAGCAUAUGGAUUAUGGAAAUCCUUUUGUUCAUCCUAAGCUCCACUAUGAUAAUGCAGUUCCACAGCUGAGUGGAAACCCUGUGAUUCUCCGCUGAACAUGUUAAGAUGAGACAGUGUAAAUAUUAAAUGACCUCAGUUUUUGUCCUCAAACUCAGGGGCUAUAAACAUACAUAAUAAUUAUCGCUGUAUAACUUUUUUUAAAUGUAUAUUUUACUCCAAAAACCAGCACAAAGGACAUUUUUACUACGAGUUGCACCAGACUGAGUCACCGUUGACGUUACCAGUCAGUACUGAUGUUACUGAUGAAACAUGGAGCUUAAUUGUUGAAUGUUGUGGUAAAUGUGAGAUUGUGUAUAUAAAAAAAACAUGUUAAUGUUGCUGAUUAUUUCUUAUGGUGAAGCCACAAUCUCAUUGUAGGGGAAGUGCUUUGGAAUGUUUUUUUUUUUUGUGAGAAAACUUGAAAUUUCUUUGAAGCACAUGCUACCAGUGGAUAUUUGUGCCUUAUACUCCUGUUUGAACAUGCUGAUGUCCAAGUGGUGAACAUUGUAGUGAAGUGCUUUGCUUUUUAUGCUCCUCAACCAAAGUAGUAUUCAGUAAGCUGUUCGGCAGGUUCACAACUGGAUUUGACCAGUUUCUGCUGUAAUAUACUGUAUAUCAGCCAUGUGAAUUUAUAUGCAAAUAAUAUUAUUUAUACUGUUCUGUGUGGUGUAUGCAGAAACAAUAUAAAAUAUAUUUUCUUUUAGUCUAGUUUUGUUUCCACUUGCUCACCUGAAGUACUUUAAAACUUUUGAUUUAUUUUACGUACACGGAGUUGUAAUUUAUUGUCUCUGUACCUUUAAAAUGCUGCAGUGGCUGCCGUUUCCCAGCUUCCAGACUUUGUCCUGAGCCACCCUGAAGUCAAACCAUGUCAUCAGGAGUUUGAUUGAAAAUCUUAAAAUGUUUAACUCCCUUUGUUCAUUCAGAUGAUGCAAAUAUUACUGAAUUUGCAGCUGAAUUGAACCUUAUUAUAUCUGGCCCACUGGAAGUGAGGAAGUCAUUUCAAGUCCAUUUAAUUACGAGUUCAUAAAAUGAUUAUAGGAACACAAUGAGACAGGAGUGUACAAUGCUAAAUGAAUGAGCAUUCAUAAGACAAACUAACCAUCACUUUUGUUCUUUUUUUUUCUUAGCUUGUACACUUGCAUUUGCUUCCUUCUGUAACCAAUAUUACUCCCACUCUGGUCAUGAGAUCAGCCUGGCAUGCACCAGUAGGACAUCCUGCCAUGAAGUCUGCUGUUCUGUGAAAAGAUGGCUCCUCUGUCAUGAUGAAACUGGUGCUUUACUUUCAGCAGGUUUUAAAUAAAAUGAAGGCUGAUGACUGAU